AUGUCGUUGUCCUCUAUUUUGACGCCAGUUGGUGUCCGAGGUAUGCAAGUCUUGGAGCGUGAUAAAUUCUCGCGUUUUGUUAGUGUUCCUGUUUUAAAUAUACCUGAAGAAAAACUAGCGAAGACUACACAAAUAGUGCGGCCGUACUUCCUAAAAUUGGAGAACUUUAAACCUGUUCAAACCACAACAGGAUCUAAAACUAAAAAGCUGUUUAUUAACCCUGAGAAAGUCAUUAAAUGGUCCGACAUGGCAGAAAAGGAUCAAAUAGCACUUCAAAAUAAUGGCAUUAAUGAAAAUACAUUCUCCUAUGAAGAUAUUCAACUGAAAUAUGACAACUUUAAAUUUGACACAAUUUUUAAAGCAGUUCUUCCAGAGAAUGAAGAAAUUGUGAGCAGUUUUUCGCAAAUAGGACAUAUUAUUCACUUAAACUUGAGGGAACAUUUAUUAGAUUACCGCCAACUAAUUGGCCAAGUUUUGCUGGACAAAAUCAAAACAUGUAGAACAGUAGUUAAUAAGAGCAACAUCAUUGACAAUACUUACCGUAAUUUUAAAAUGGAAGUAAUUGCAGGUGAAGAAGAAUUUCUAGUAACGGUCAAAGAGAACUGCUGUAACUUUCAAUUUGAUUUCUCCAAAGUGUACUGGAACCCACGCUUGUGCAAGGAGCAUGAACGAAUUUUGGAUUUUUUGAAGCCUGAAGAUGUUUUAUUUGAUGUUUUCUGUGGUGUUGGUCCAUUUUCUAUACCAGCCGCAAAGAGAAAAUGCCAUGUAUUUGCAAAUGAUCUGAACCCAGACUCCUUCAAAUGGUUAGAACACAAUGCUGAAUAUAAUAAAGUUAAUAUGACUUAUCUGCACCUUUAUAAUCUAGAUGGAAAAGAUUUUAUUUUGAAGAUAUUCAAAGAUUACAUUAUUGAUCUUUGCAAGCAUGAAAAGAAGUUAAAAAGUGGAUCAAAGAUUCACAUAACAAUGAACUUACCAGCUUUAGCUGUAGAGUUUCUGAAGUAUUUCAAUGGUUUGAUAGAUGCAGAGAUAUCCGAUAAGUUUAAUUGUGAGAUAUAUGUUUAUGUAUACUGUUUUGCUGUUGGUGAUGACCCAGUAAAAGUGUCUAAGGAAAAAUUAAUUGAAAACAUAGGGAUAGAUAUAUCGCACAAUAUAACUGACGUGUUUAAUGUGAGAAAUGUUUCACCCAAAAAAGAGAUGAUGAGAGUGACAUUUAGAUUAACAGAGGAUGUUUUAUUCAAUAACAAUGUUAAAAAUGAUGAGCCACCUGUAAAAAAAGUUUGUGUGUAA